AUGGCUGAAGUCCUCGGGGCCGUUGCCAGCGGCAUCGCUGUAGCUGAAGUCGGCCUCAAGGUGGGAACCACAGUAUGGAAGCUGAAAAAGCUGUGGGAAGAAGUGCAUGAGGUUCCACAGACCAUCGAGGAGUUGAUGAGGCAAAUAGAAAUGAUGGAUCCUAUCCUCUCGGACUGCGAAAACAACCUCCCCAUCCAAAACAUCUCGCCUAUUAGGCAGAUACUGAAUCAUAAGGACGCACCUGCGAUACAGAGCGCUGCCUAUUGCCGCGAGGCUCUGGACGACCUACGAUGGCUGGCGGAGGAUCUGGAGGGGGCUGUCAUGUCAGAGAAGAGAAGCAGGCGAACGUUUGCCAGAGUGAGGGUCGUGCUGAAAAAGAAUACAAUCAACGGGUUUCAGGACAGGUUGGAAAGAGCCACCAAACUUUUACAGUUGAGCCAAAUGAAUUACCUGACAGCCAACGCCGCGAUCACCGGAGCCAUAGUCACAAACAUGUGGGCCGCAGUAGCAGAUAUGAAGGUCCAGCAACAACUCAUAUUGCAACAGCUCAGCGACAGUAUUUCAGCCUCCUUGACAGUUACGUCACCGUUUCCAGUUGUAAAUCAACACGAAAAGAAGGCUCAGGGCCCGACCCUGGUCAAAGGGAUGGGAGCCCAGCGUCAAGGAAAUAGCGUCUCUCUCCCUUGGACCGGACUCUCCAUCUUCGGCGCCAUCGUUGUAAAGAAAUCCGAGGCUGACUCUGACGAAGACGCGAGUUAUGCCGCCCGCAUCCAGCUGCCGAAAUGGUUCUCACGAAGAGUUUGGGACAUCAGUGUCAAACGGGCCUGCUCAGGAUGGCAAGCGAACCUUUCCGUGUGGAACGUUGUCCCUUAUGACUCGCCCGGCAUGGUUCUUGCCAGAGGAGGGGAUCUUGACGGGCUCAUCGAUUUGUUUGACCGGAGGCUAGCUUCUCCUCGAGACUGCGAUACGGACGGGAGAACUAUAUUCCAUUCUCUGAUAUCGCUACUGGGUAGCUGCGGCCACGAUGCGUUGGAUUUUGGACGAAAGGAAGCUGCGAUAUGGGUAAAUGAGAACAAAACGGCCAAGAUUAUUGGUGAUGUGUUGCAUUUGGGGGUUGAUGAUAGAUGCGGUGGAUACUAUGGACUUCCUUAUCUCAGUGCUGUCCACUACGGCGGGGAGCCAGUCGACUGGUAUUUUGAAAUGGACUUCCACUAUGAGAAUCACGCAGGGGAUUUCUGGAAUUUUGUUGAGAAUCCGCCGCAGUUGGUACCAGACAGACAAAACAGGAUGGUUCAGGAGACGAUUGCAAAAGUGCGGACACAUCCCAGCGAAGCCCGAAUUGACGACGCAAAAAGAAGGAUUGGGAUACAAGACCACCCCGCAAGCACAAAUGCACACGCAGGAGCUUCCACCAUGGACCCCGUCAGCGCAGCAGGCCUGGCCUUGAGCGUAGCCGGAAUCGGGCUGCAGAUCUACACAGGAUGCAUAGCAGGCAUCCAGCUGCUCAUCACCGCGGCCAAUUUCCCCGAGGACUGCAGGUACCUCAACCUGCGGCUGCGCAUGGAGCAGCAGCGUCUUUUCGCGUGGAGCGAGACCUCGGGCCUGAUGGACCUGGACGCCGCCGAUGGCGGGGCAAGGGUGCUGGCGUCCAACACCUUCGUGCUGCACCGCCAGACCGUGCUGGACCUGCUCGUGCAGGUGCAGUGCCUGUUCGAAGAGUUCAGGCGGCACGCCGAGCGGAACCGCCGGCUGCAGACGUUUCCCCUUGAGAAUUUGAGCAAUGGCCAGGGAGCAGGCACCACGGCAGAUGUUGACCCAGAGAAGGACGCCGCCGCUGCAAACUUUCCGCUGCCCUUACGCCGGCGCGACUUCAUCCGAAAAGCAUUGCGGACACUCCGCGAGAAAUCCAACGACGCCACCCUGCGGCUGCGGUGGGUUUCCUUCGACAAAGUUAGCUUUGAGACUCUGCUUGCGCGCUUUGCGGCGCUCAAUGAUGGCAUGACGGGUAUCCUGGACGCGGGCCUACAGCGCGAGAUACACUACUCCGUACAGGAUAUCAAUCGCGGCGUGUUGCAGUUGCACCGGCGAGUGUCAGACCUGAGCCGACUUGUAAGGGCGCUCAAUGUACGGCUCGAGAUGAGUAGCGGUGGUGGUGAUAUUGGGGUAGGCAUCAUUAUGCCGGCUCAAGGGGGCCGAAACAAGUCGGAUCUGGAACAGUUAAGUCAGUUGGCCAAGUUCAAGGCCUUCAAUGAGUCCAUGGAGGCUGAGGAGGGGCUGUCUUGGGAUAUGGCUGAUGCGAAGAGCUUAGAUCUGGAAAAACCAAAGGAGCAGAUCGACCUCCGAAUAGAUCGAUCACUGGUCACUCUCGACCCCACGGCCGAGAACGCAGACGCCCCCAGGUGUGAGGCCCUCCUAAAGCAACCGGAUGGGACGACUAUGAGGUGCUGGGUGGAAUGGAAAGACUAUGAAAAGCAGCAACCAGGCGUCGCCUCACCGCCCAAAGAGGUCAUAGUCGAGCGAGUAAGCAAGCUCGCUGCCCUGCUCAACCACAACCCCAAGCCCAAGGAGUUUCGCACACCGCGGUGCCUGGGUUUCUUCGACAUGGCGGCUUCUCCCUCCUCGACAACCAAGAACACCGAUGAAUACGACGAAGAGGAUGAUGACCUGUUAAACAACCGCCUAGGCCUCAUUUUCGAGCGGCCGCAAGACCCGAAGCUACACCGAACACAACCCCCAGUCUCCCUCCGCGAACUACUGACUUCUUCCAAAAGACCAAGCGUCACCCAGCGCAUAAAGCUCGCCCACGCCAUAUCUCACUGCCUGCUCUAUCUCCACGCAGUCAACUGGCUACACAAAGGCCUCCGCAGUUCCAACAUCCUGUUUUUCCGCGCCGCAGAUGGCGCCACAGUCGACUACGGCGACCCGCUCCUCUCAGGCUUUGACUUCUCUCGGCCCGCGCGGCUGGGAGAGAUGACUGAGAUUCCACCCGGUGGCGCCCGCGCGUAUGAUGACCUAUACCGGCAUCCACACGCCCAGUCGAGCGCAGCCGACGCGGAUGGUGCGCGUGCCCGCUCCCGCCGCAGCUUCGACAUUUACAGUCUGGGCGUUCUGCUGGUCGAGUUGGCGCACUGGCGAACCGUGGACCGCGUCCUGGAGAUCGAAGUCAAUAACGGCGGUGGAAUAUCGCCCCGGACUGCGCUGGGCGUGCGGCCGCGGCUACUUGGGGGCGGGGUGCUCUCCGAGGUCGGGGCUUGUAUGGGGGAGGUAUAUGAGGACGCCACGAGGAGGUGUAUUGCUGGUGGAGAGGAGCUUGGGCUUUCUGAGGGGGAUGAUGAAGCGGGUGAUGCUGUUGCUGCGAAGCUGUUGAUGCGAUUCUGGGCGGAUAUUGUCAAAGUACUUGGGGGUGUGAUGGUGUAA